CUACAAGCCCCGCCUUCUCUAGAGGAGUAUUAAGUGCGCACUGGCCGUCAAAGUGAACGGGAAGAGUCAACGUUACAGAAGAUAAAAUGAUCAACUGGAAGGCUUUGGACAACGUCCCCGUCCUCCUGUACAUCCUUGCCCUGAAGACACUGCUGCUGUGUUUGGGGUUCGCUGGGGUAAAGAUCUACCAAAGUAAGAAAGCAGAUGAGGCCCUGAAGAGGCAGCAGGCUGCGAAGAGGAGGCUGGCCCAACAGACGCAGGAGCUUAUGGACAACUUGAAGGAGGACUGAGCAGAGGAGAGAAGCUGCUGCACACAGGGAAACAUUUUGCUGACCUGAGCAACGAGCCACUUUCUCCAAAAUGAGCCAGAUGUCUGACUGUUGGAAAAAAGAGGGGGGGGGGCUUUCCUGUGCUAUAGGAAAUUGUUUGUGUUUCCAGAGCGAGGACUGUUCACCAUGUCAGUUUUAUAUAUCUUGUGUUAAAUUUUUCACUGAACCACUUUUAAAAAAAAAAAAAGAUUCAAAUGAAAGCCACGUGGCGUCCUGUAGUGAGACUGAGCUGAGACUGUUUUUGUUUUUUUUCAGUGGUAGAUCUCCUUAGUGAAAGAACCACAGCAGGUUCAGAAUCAGCUCGUCAUUUUCCAAACUUUCUGGGCAAAUUUCUGGGUUCGGAUUCCCCAAAGUUCAUCUGCUUUGCUUAUGCACACAUCUCUGAUUCAGCUUUUCAGCUGUGGCUGUCAUCCAGACUCUGUAAUAAAAACAACUAUAAUAUA